UUUGAGGACUAGAAUGGAAUAUAAGAAAGUUCCAGGUGACAGUGAGAUGCAGAUGCACACAUUUGACCCGAUCGUCCAAUACAAAGCUCCUCCCAAGAAAUUUCACAAAUCAUCUGAAAACCGAGAACGUGUUCUAUCGAAGAUAACCGAGAAUUCAGAGGACGCUUAUUAUAAUCCGUUUGACGACCGUGACGAUGAUAAAGAUAAAAGAAACAAAGGAAAGGAGAAGAGAAUCUCAAUCUCUCUCAUUAUCUUGACGUUCCUCUCUUCCGUCUGUGUUCUGUUUGGCACGCUCUACCCGGAGCUGUCCCGAGGAGAGAUUGACAUGACACCCUGGAGAUCUAUGAUACAAGCGUCCGUACAAAGACAGGGCUGGCUCAUUAGAGACAGGAUAACGCUCGUAAACCUGGGACUCUGGAGAUAUUGCUAUGACGACCAGCUUUACGAUCUCAUUGAGAUUCUGAACCCCCAGUUUUCUAACCUUGGUCGCAGAAGGAGAUCAGCUGAAGAAGAAGAAGAAGAACAUUUCCUCGCGAAGAGACAGAUUGCCAGAGAAGGAGAUAUCGCUAUCAGAUGCCAUAACGUCCCUGCUCCAUGGAAGAUGCCGUACCAUGUGAAGAAUAAGACGGAAGCUACAAAAGUGUGUCUGAUAAUAGGGAUAGUAACGUGUAUUCUCUCCUUCCUAAUCAGCAUUCUCGUCCUCAUUACACGACUCCCUCUUCUCAAACUCUUCCAACUAAUAUCCUGCUUCCUUGGAGCUGUCUCUAUUUCUGUUGCUCUGGGCGUUUCCAUGACAAUGCAGACAGACGCGCAAAAGUAUUUUAACGAGAGUAUCGGCAGAAAAGUGGAGCAGUCGCUAAAAGUUGAGGCGGACAUUGAUCUGACCCGGUUUGGUCUGAGUCUGACUGGUAUAGAUGUGAUAGAACUGGCUCCGGGAGUCUGUGGUAUCAUGUUGGGAGGAUCUUGUAUUCUUAUGAUAGUCUCCGUCAUCAUCGCAGAGAUAUCUCGACACCAGUAAAGGGUCUUGUGUUACCAUGUGUGGUUACCAACAGUUACUUGUGUUACCAUGGUAACUGUUGAGGAAGUACUCACACGAUGACAGUGCUUGAGCUGGGCUCAGUUAUAAUUAUGGGCAAUCUGAAAACUGGCAACACACUUUCAAAUAAUUUGAAUACUUAACUUUAUACUGCAAGUUACCAUUGUAACAGUGUUCUACGCCGUGUGUUACCAUGGUAACUGUUCUACGCCGUAUGUUACCAUUGUAACUGUGUUCUACGCCGUAUGUUACCAUGGUAACUGUGUUCAACACCGUAUGUUACCAUAGUAACUGUUUUCCAAACUGCAUGUUCUGCACAAUAUUUGUUCUUCCAACCCAAAUUUAUUUAAUUUUGUUGUCAGAUAAUUUUACUGUUUGAAAUAGUUUGGGUUAGUUGUUGGAUAAAAGUUAUUUAUAACUUAAUUUCAUUUUAAUUUUAUAGUACUAUGGUGUAACUAUUAAAAACUCGCUAAUUUAUAACAGUAAUUAUAAUUUAUAACAGUAACUUUAAUGUGAUAUGGUAAGUCUUCAAAAGGUCGCCCUUAUCUUUGCAAUAACGUCCUCAUUAGGUAGGUUCGUAAAAACUACGAACAUAAAUAUCGAAGGAAUUUGCUUACAAAUCACAGAGUUCAAAUGCCUUCUCCACAACUAUCGGCCAUAUCGGAUAUUGAACCUAAGGAUCAACAGAUAAGAACAUACUGGAAGAUAUUCAAUAACAUUUUGUUUUUAUGAACCUACCUAGUCCUCCUUGCUUUAUUUAAAAAUUAGCGUAAUAUAUAUAGUUAUAAUGAAAAACUGUCAAGAUGACAUUUGUUAGACUUGCAGUAACUUUUUGUUACUUUUUAGUUAAUGUUCUCAAUUAUUUGUGGAAAGUAAACUAUUCCUUGAAAAUUAUAUAAUUCCUUAUUAUAUACUUGCUACACAAGCUUAGUUAAAAAGCUUUAAAGGGUGAGUAACAUUUGGUUUUAAGCUUAUUUUAAAUAUACGUUAAUUAAAAUUAAAUAACUUACAGUAUCUAUAAUUAUAUUUUCGGUAGCACUGCAAUAUUCUCUUUAGCUUAAUCAACUGAUAGCGGUGGAGGAACUAUAAAUUUGAUAAUUUUAUUUCCGCUAUUUUCUUAUCCCACAGGUGGUAAGCUCUUUCUUUGAUUAAAUUACAGGGAACCCAAAAACAGCUAAUUAAGAUAAUUUUAAAGUUCAACAAUAAGUAGUCCUUUACCUGUUGUCAAUGUAUUGAGGGAUGAGAUUCUAAGUAAUUUAAUGUAUUGUGGGGGAGAUUCUAAGUAAUGUAUUCUAUGUAUUGUGGGGGAGUUUUGACAGAUUUAUACCAUGACAGUUAUAGAAUUUAUACCUAAUUGUACUAUAUUA